GGAAUUUUCCCUUGGGCCUUGGAGACAGCCCAUUGAAUGUGCAAAUUCCCUGUUCAAUUUCUCUCCAAAACGGCAGCGUCGCAAAUACUCCGGUAGACGACAACGUCGCGCAGUAGCAGUACAAAUCCAAUACCGAUAGUUGCGGCGGUGAAAUGUCUCCGGCCGGUGAACUCAGGUGGCUCUGCCACCUCCUCGACGAGUCUCUCCGCCCCUACACAGAACCACGCUCUUUCCUUUCCACCUCCAAAGAGAAGGAGAAAGAUAUUCUAAUCGCUUCCUCUCAGGUCGUGACAAAAAUUCAGGUUCGGAUUCGCGAGUUUGAUUCUCGUGCAGAGGCGAAACGUGCUCCUAACGAAGAGCGAUUGUGCGGUUCGAAUCAGAAUUCCUCCGUCGAUCAAUGUCUGCGUAAAAUUGUCGCAGAGUUGGUGGUUUUGUUAACUGUUGAGAGUGAAUUUGUUCAACACGUGGCUGUCAAUGCUCUUGUCUUAACUUCACAGUUUGUUUACGCAACGGGGAACAAUUGGGAUGGGUUCAUUCGUUUGUUGUGUUGUUCGUUGGAGUUGGCGAUUGCUAGGGUGAUUUCGUGUUCAUCUGAGCCUCCUUCUGGACCUGAAAAUAGUAAUUUUGAUUGUUCUGAUGUUGAGUUUCUGAUGCAACAUGGGCUUAUCAAUUUUGAUUGGUCUACUGUGGCUGGCAUUGUUAGAGCACUGCGUGUUAUAUGUAAAUGUUUGAAGGAGGAGGACUAUGAUGAUGGACUUUUUAAAGUGUACUAUGACUCUGUCAAUUCUUGUCUUUUGAAGAUGCCUUGGGAUUUGUGGGACAAGUACUCAAGUUGUGAGUUUGGUGGCACAAAAAACAACUCUUCUAUCAAUCAAUUGCACCUAAAAAUUUUUAGUGCCAUGGUGCCUGUUAUGAAUUUUCUUGGGACUUUUCUUCAGUUACUAUGCUCUUUGGUUGACCGGAAUGAUUUAGUGGAAACAGAUUGUGAUUCUGUUGAGAAACAUCCACUUUUUGUCACAGUAGUGAAUCUUGUACCUAGACUUGCAAAGUGGUGUCUCAACAAGCAAGAAGAUAGUGCGGAGACACACAUCGUUCAUUACUUGAAACACAAGUUGCUGAUUCUGAUGAUCAGACUUGGUUCACUCACAGGUCUAGACUGUCAAACCCAUCUUUCUUGGCUUGAACUUCUUCAUAACUACUUUCAAGAGCUUUUGCAGCAACCCUUAACUCAUUUUGACUCUGAUCAAAUUGGUUGUCUGGAAGGCUCUCCAUUUUUAUUGAGUUUGUCUGAUGGAGAAGCAUGUAAGAUGCAUUCUGGCCACCUACAAAGGCAAGCUGUUUACCUCUUUCUGGCUUGUUCUUUCAGUUUGAUCCAUCAGAAAGAAGAAAAGGCAAACCAUUGUAAUUGCUCAACUUCGUGCUCCCAUUUAACCCCUAUUCCAGAUUCAGAGGAUGAUCACUUCUGCAGAAAGAAGGGAUCACUAGAACUUUGCAAGUGGAUCCAAGGACAUCUUCCAACUGCAGUUUCUGUCAACCAUGAAAAGUACUUGCAGAUAUGUAUGAACUUCUUGUCAUCUUUCCUCCAGCUAUAUCUUCGUGAGGAUGAUCUAUUGUUUAAAGUGCUGUUGCAAUUGAUUAGCAUAUCUUCUUUCCUCCAGCAACAGCCUGAAAGAAAGGAUGCUGAGUAUCUGGAUGUAAUGAAAGAUUUUCCUUUUGAGCUGUCAGACAUUUUUAAUCCUGUGCACCUUUUCCAUCUGUUUCUUUCAGAGAUACAUUAUGAUCAUCAAGUGCUUCUUGAUUACCUCAUUUCAAAAGAUACUGGAAUAAGCUGUGUUAAAUAUCUUCUAAGAUGCUUGCAUUUGAUAUGCAAAUCAUGGAAGUUAUUUGUGGAAUUUCCAUUAUUUGGAGAAUUUUCGAAUCAAUCAUCUUGUAAGAGAAGAAAAGUUGUAGGGGAUGAUGGUUUACAGUUUCUAGCAGAUGGAGUGCCUACGUCAGUUGACAACAGUGGAAGUAUCAUAUUGCAUAUCGAUAAUUAUAAGGAAGACAGGGGAUGUGGCUUCAAGUACUACGGUAGUAAGCCAUUCAAGAAAGCAGCAGAAUGUUUACUAUCUUUGUACAAUUCUGUAAAUAAUCUUCAUCAAAAGGAGUUGUUUCCAUAUAAUCCUGAAGUGCUUCUGAAACGUCUAAGAAGAUUUCAAGAGUUCUGCUGUCAAGAAGAGGGAUUCCAUGGACUGAAGACCGAGUAAUUACCAAACUGCAUGUCUGACCCUGAAAACUUGGCUAUCUUGUGUUUAUUAAUGACCAUUGAAUUACGUUUUUGGAUGAGUAGGAUGCUCAUGGAAAAAAAAACUACUUGCUGGAAACAGGUAUUGGUGGCACGGAUGGACAGAAAGUAGAGAAAUUUUGUGCUGGUUCUGAGUUGCCUUGAUAUCAUAUUGGUGCCAGCGCACGAUUUUUUUGCUGCUGGUGUCCAUCUAGUAACAACCUUGGUUCACUCUUAAAUCUAUUGAUUAUUCUAUGGGUUUGGGGUUACAGGCCAUCUCCGGAGAGUCUGAUGAACGGUAUCAUGGACGUGGAUGCAGGGUAACAGAGGAUAUAGAAAGCUAUUAAAUCAGUUA